AUGGGCUCUACAGAGCAGCUGCCCAAGAUGCAGUACCGCAAUCUCGGUCGAUCCGGGCUGAAGGUCAGCGUAAUCAGUCUUGGUGGUUGGGUCACAUAUGGUGGCAGUGUUGGCGAUGAGAUUGCAAUGGAUUGCAUGAAAGCAGCAUUCGAUGCUGGCAUCAACUUCUUCGACUGCGCUGAGGGCUACGCAGAAGGCAAAUCAGAGAUCACAAUGGGUCAAGCAAUCAAGAAGUUUGGCUGGAAGCGAAACGACCUCGUUGUGUCAACAAAGAUCAACUGGGGCGGAGCAUUCGGCACGAACCCAGUCAACAACUUUGGCCAGAGCCGCAAGCAUAUCAUCGAGGGCACAGCGGCAGCACUACAACGUCUAGGCCUCGACUACGUGGACCUCCUGUAUGCUCACCGACCAGACCGAGAGACCCCAAUCGAGGAGACCGUCCGAGCCUACAACUACCUCAUCAACACUGGCAAGUGCUUCUACUGGGGCACCUCCGAAUGGAACGCGGACGAGAUCGAAGCAGCCCAUGCCGCCGCAGACAGGCUGAACCUGAUCGGACCCCUGAUGGAGCAGCCACAGUACAACCUGUUGGUCCGGGACAAAGUCGAGAAGCAGUUCUGGCGCCUCUACCGUGAGCGCGGCCUCGGUCUCACAAUCUUCUCGCCCCUGAAAACGGGUAUCCUGACCGGCAAGUAUAACGACGGCAUCCCCGAGGACAGCCGAGUUGCUACCGCCAACGACGGCUUCAGCAAGAGCCAGCGCGACAGCUAUGGUAAUGCCGCCUGGAAGAAGGAUAUUGAGCAGACGCGGAAGUUGAAGCCUGUGGCGGAGAAGUUGGGGACGGAUCAGGCGACGUUGGCGCUGGCGUGGGUUAUCAAGAAUCCGGAUGUGAGCAGUGCGAUUACGGGAGCGUCGAAGGUGGAGCAGAUUGGGAAGAGUGUCAAGGCGCUGGAUCUGCUCGAGAAGCUGACGCCAGAAGUGAUGAAGGAGAUCGAUGAUAUACUCGAAAACAAGCCGGAGCCGUUGACUUUGAGAUUUACUUAG